CCCCUCCUACUUCUCUCUAUUUUUUAUGCAUACAUCACUCACUACACAUUCCCAGCACAAACCUUUCGCAGAAAAUAAUGAAACCCCUCGAAAAUCACUCCUCCAUCAUCACCACUUCCUCCGCCGUGCCGGAAUCCGAACAUGAAACUGGUUCGGCGGCGGAAGCCGGCAUGUUUUCAGACGAUAUUGAUAGUUCAUGUUCAACUCCAUAUGUUAGUGCUCCGUCAAGUCCAGGCCGUGGUCAACCACACUGUGGCUUCUAUUACAGUGCUCCGGCGAGUCCUAUGCAUUUCGUUUUAUCAACUACCAGCGUGAAAAAUGCUGUUAGCACUACAAUUUCAUCACCUUCUGAAGAUUUUGAUUUCUCUGCUAGACUUACCACUGAGGGCGGCGGCGGCGCCGAUGGAUCCAUGAGCUCGGCUGAUGAGUUGUUCUUAAACGGACAGAUCCGGCCGAUGAAGCUGUCCACUCACCUUAAACGUCCACAAGUCCUAGCACCAUUGCUUGAUCUCGACGAAAAUGAGGAUGAAGAAGAGAAAAGUUGCAGAGGAAGAGAUUUGAAGCUGCGGAGUAGAUCAUUGAGGAGAAGGACUAGAUCCAUGUCACCACUUCGGACGACGUCGUAUGAAUGGCAGGAGGAUUAUGAAGAGGAGGAAUUGGAAGUAGUAAUCAAUGAGAAGAAGAAAGAGAAGAAUGAAAAUGAAGAGAUUAAGCAAGAUGAUGAAGAAGAAACUUCGAAUGAAACGACGCCAUGCCCUUCUGGAUCUUCUUCGAGGUCUUCUUCAGUCGGGAGGAGUUCAAAAAGAUGGGUAUUCCUGAAGGAGUUUUUAUAUAGAAGUAAAAGCGAAGGAAGAAACAACGGCCACAAGUUUUGGAGUGGGAUAUCAUUUUCACCUGUGAAAGACAAAAAGCUUGACAAAAUUGCAACCAACAAAACUCCAACUGAUUCUGCAAAUACAUCUGAAACAAAAAAAGAUAAACAAAAUGGGAAUACAAAAGAGAAGAAGAAAAAGCCCGUGAAUGGAAGUGGGAUUGGGAAGAGAAGAGUUCCUCCAUCGCCUCAUGAAUUGCAUUACACUACAAACCGAGCUCAAUCAGAAGAAAUGAGGAAGAAAACUUUCUUGCCAUAUAGGCAAGGCCUGCUUGGAUGUUUAGGGUUCAGUUCAAAGAGUUAUGGAGCCAUGAAUGGCUUUGCUAGAGCUUUGAAUCCAGUUUCUUCAAGGUAAAAAAAAAAAUUGUAUAUCUAAUCAAUCAUUAUUAUUAUUAUUACUAUAUCUAUCAUCCAUCUUCCAUCAAGAGAUGAGAGAUACGUUUAAGUUGAUUGUAUAGAUUUUUAUUUCCUUGUUAUGGUAUUGUUUUUAUGCUAUUCUGUUAUCUCUUUGUGUAUGUACUAAAAAAAUCCUCAAAAAUGCUUAAUGUUGGGAUUUUGUUUAGCCAUUCAUGGUAAA